AUGAACUCUGAAAAAAAUAAAGUUAGUCCCAGAGAGGAAAUUCAAUUACAAAUUGGUAUCAUCGGAGAUGCACAAGUUGGGAAAACUUCCCUAAUGGUUAAGUAUGUGCAGGACAUAUAUAAUAAAGAAUAUACACAGACACUGGGUGUUAAUUUCUUAAAGAAAAGAAUACGACUUAGAUCAACAGAUAUAACAUUAUCUUUAAUGGAUUUGGGUGGACAACGUGAAUUUAUUAAUAUGCUACCAUUGGCUGCAAUGGAUUCGUAUUGUAUUAUAUUAUUAUUUGAUUUAACAAGACCGGAAACAUUGAAAUCGGUUAAAGAAUGGUAUAGACAAGCUUUUGGUUUAAACAAAAACGCUAUCCCAAUUCUUGUUGGAACUAAAUAUGAUUUGUUUAUUGAAAUGGAUCAAGAUUACCAAGAAGAAAUUUCAAGGACUUGUCUCAAAUACGCUCAAAUAAUGGAUUCCCCUGUUAUAUUUUCGUCAUCUGCAUAUUCAAUUAACAUUCAAAAAUUAUUCAAAAUCAUAAUAUCAAAGAUUUUUAAUCUAACGUUGACAUUAGCUGAAAUUAGUGAUAUCGGGGACCCAUUAUUGAUUUAUAAAGAAUUUGGGAAUACACAUUUAAAUGGGUUAUAA